AAUGUAGCUGAUGUGGAUACUCUUUAAUCAUAAAUCAAAUUUUCAUAUCUCCGAAAUACACAUACAAAUUCAAUACAACAAACAAAUUCUGGAAAGUUUAGCAGGGAGAGCGAUGACAUGGAAAGUGGAAAAGAAUUGCAACAGGAAGAAGAAGAAGAAACCCAAGAGGGAAACGGGGGAAAAGGAAUUACAUGGGGAAGGUUUGGUUGAAAUCAGAACAAUAUUAGCGGCCGGCCGGCCGGCGACAGCAGCAGCAGUAGCAUUCGAUCACUCUUCAAUUAGUUUCAGAGAGUGUAGUGUUGGUUCAUGGAGUCGAUAUCAUAUCCCCUGAGCUUGGCGAACGACUCGACCCUUCCUUUGAAAGUAUGAAGCUCCCUCAUCCUCGCGAUCUCGGCCCGUUUCCUCGCUUCCUCGGCCAUCAAGCUGAUCUCUCUGUAAGUGCUCUUGUCGGAGAACAUUUUCAUGUCGUUGCCGUUUCGAAGGCCGUGGAGGGUUCUCUGCUCCGUCGCCCAUGCUGCUUCUCGCGCUUCCCUUCCGAAGUCUUUGUUGUUUGAAAACGCCGUCUGAUUGAUUGAUCAAAUUAUAUUUAUCGUAGUUAGAAAGAUGAAAUGGGGCGGUUAGGGUUUUUCAGGGGUGAAUUUCAUUGAACAUACCCUUUUGUCCACAACCAGCCCCCAUGCUCGGCCGCUGAGUGCGUACGUGACCAUGAAUUUGAUGGGGUCAAGGAGCAUGUAAGUGACGACGUUGAAAGCCCAGAUCGCUCCUGUCCAUUUCCACCCUAUGCUUCUGAUUCCCGCGAAUUCCCAGUUCGCUUCCGCCGAGAUCACCGUUGCGAUCUGCAAACCAUUGGAUGUUAGUUUUGUGCAUUUUCAGAUCCUGGAAAUUGAUAAUUUGGAGGAAUAAGAGAAACAGAGGUUUUUACGAGUUGGGCAAUGAGGAAGGCGAAGACAAGCAGAAAGCCAGGGCGUUCUUGGAAAGACCAUCCUCUGGAGCGGGUGACGAAGAUCAAAGCUUGACUAAUGGUGCUAAUCUGGAGGUACAAUGCUGAGGCUAGCUGCUGGUUGAGUUGAUCAGCAACUGCUUUGAUUGUGAGGUCGUAGUCUUCCUUCUGGAAGCUCUUUACAUGGAAGUGCUUCUGUCAAUAGGGAAAGGAAAAAAAAGAGUCAUUUAGUGGUUCAUUGGUGGAUGGUUAGCUCAGGUAUGAAUGAAGAAUUCAUUCAGUCGAUUCUUUUUUACCGUGAAGAAAUCGGUUUCGUAUGCUAGCCAGAAGAAAACGACUGUCAUGAGGGCUAAGUAGCCGCCCAAGAUGAUUCCAGUGGCGAAAAUCUCACUCAGCCUCCAGCUAUCGGGAACUGGGGAUGGCUUCACUCUGUCCUUGGAUAUGGUCAUGAUUGUACCGUCGUUGAGAAUAGCGAUGACAAGAACCAUGAAAGGUGGGAAGUCAUAUUUCCAGAAGCAAGUUAGCAGCAUGAAUCCCAGCACUAUACGGAUGGUGAUGGACACUGCAUAAAUCUGGAAAAGGCAGAGAAGCGAAUGUCUUUAUUGUCCAAUUAUGAGGAUAGAAUGAUGUUGAAACAAAAUAUGGGAUGUUUUCUUGACUUACUGUGUAGUUCUUCAUUCUCUGGAAGAUAGAUCGGCUAGUGAGCACUGCGCUAAUGAUGACGCUAAGACCAGGCUCCGUCAACACUAUAUCAGAAGCGCCUCUUGCAGCAUCGGUUGAAUCCGCCACAGCAAUACCGAUAUCGGCUUUCUUCAAGGCAGGUGCAUCGUUCACUCCAUCUCCAGUCAUGCCACAUAUGUGCUUUCUAGCUUGAAGUCUCCUCACAAUCUCGUACUUAUGUUCUGCGCACCCAUUGUUCUCAGUCAAACGGGAACCUGGAAAGGAUUGAAUAUGAAAUGCUGAAAAUUAGUGAGUUUGAUUUUGUUACCAGGGAAGACUCCGGCAAAGCCGUCAGCUUUCUCUAUGAGUUCAUCAAUGGAGAGAGACCCAGUUGCUUCGCUUCCGCUCUCGGAAAGGAGAGCUGAAGACGGGUACAUGUUUGUUCCCAUGCCGAGUCUUCUUCCUGUCUCUUUACCAAUGGCAAGCUGGUCACCUGUAAUCAUCUUCACACUAACUCCUAAAUCCAAAGCUCUCCUGAUAGUUUCGGCACUGUCAUGGCGAGGAGGAUCAAAGAGGGGAAGCAGGCCAACAAAUUCCCAUGGACCACCGGCGCUGUCUUUGUUCCCGUUAGGAACUUGCUGCAAAUGGGACAAUUUUGGUUUUCAGAAUGAUUGCUGCCAUUAAAAUGGGUCUUUCUGUAUGAAUCAAGGUUCGCUAUUUCACCUGGCGGGCAAUUCCAAGUGAUCUCAAUCCGCGUUCUGCAAAUUUGUCAAUGAUCGAGUGGACCUUGUUGGCGAUCUCCGAUUUAUUAUGGGCCAGGUUGAGGAUCUGAAUUUAGCAUAGCAAGAACAACUCUGAUUAUAUUGAAUAAUGAUGAGCAAAAAAUGGAGGUGAAAGUAUGUUGCUUUCUGGUGGGUUUAGGGUUAACUUGGUUGUUACCUGUUCUGGUGCACCUUUGCUGACUCUAUGCAUUUUGCCUUCCCCAUCCAAGUAAGUCAGGGCAGUCCUUUUGUCAGUUGGAUUGAAGGGAAGGAAGUGGAUCUCUCUAAUUCCAGCUCGCGCCUCCUUGGGAUCUCCCAACAUGGAAACAAUUGCAGUAUCAAUGGCAUCUUGAUUCUCCAGCCUUGAUGCUCUCGCAGCCAUAAGCACGACCAUGUCCUUGUCAACACCCCUUGCAAAAACCUGUAGUUCCCAAGACAGAUUUUUUUCAUUCAAUCUACUUCCAAAGAUCUCUUUUCCCCCCUGCAUAUAGAAGAGGAAGAAGAAAUACCUCAACCAUGGUUUUAUCUACAGAAAGUUUAUUAAGCGUCAGAGUUCCUGUUUUAUCACUGCAGAGAACAUCCAUCCCUGCCAUUUCUUCGAUGGCGGUCAUUCUUUUCGUUAUGGCGCCCUGUUGAGACAGGCGGUGUGAUCCAAUCGCCAUGGUGACUGAAAGAACAGUUGGCAUGGCAAUUGGGAUCCCACCGAUUAGCAGAACAAGCAGAUUAUCGAUCCCAACUCGGUAUGCCCUCUUUUGCAGGCCAUAGAUGACCACGAUCUCGAUCACCAUGCCAAUUGCGAUGGAGCAAAUGCAGAAGUUUCCAAUUGCUGUAAGAACCUGCUGGAAAUGGCCGACAUUGUUUGUGCUAUCAACAAGGUGAGCUGCUUUCCCGAAGAAUGUAUGGACACCAGUCGCGAUCACUACUGCCUCUAUCUCUCCUUGCUUGCAGGUUGAGCCGGAGUAGACUCCAUCUCCUGGACUCUUGGUCACAGGAAGCGACUCUCCAGUCAAAGCAGCCUGGUCAAUCUUUAAAGGGUCUCCUUCGAGAAGGCGGGCAUCAGCAGGAAUGAUAUCACCAAGCUUGAUGCUGACAAUGUCUCCAGGCACCAAAACGGCGGCAUCUUCCUCGCUCCAUCUCCCGCUUCGAAGGACCUUGGCUUUCGGUGCCAGCUGAGCCAUGAGAGCAGCGGCUGCAUUGCCAGCAUUGUUUUCCUCUAUGAAACUGAUAGUGGAGUUGAUUAUGAGCAGCAUUAUUAUGCCGACGAAAUCAUGGUAAUCUGCACUCUUCCCCUGCGCGCGCACAUUCAACCACAAACAUCCACCAAUCUCAACCAAAAUUAUCAUGAUCUUUCAACGACAUGUUCAGGCAGAGAAAGAAAGGAAGGUUAACUUCUGAUAUUCCAAUACAUACCCCUCCAUGUGCAAGAGUAAUGGCCAUCAGCGCAGCAGCUUCCAUGACCCAUGAAAGUGGAUUCCACAUAAACCCCAAGAACUUGAGGAAUUUGCUCUCCUUCUUCUCUUCAAGCUUGUUGUACCCGAACAGCUCCAGCCGCUGCUGAACCUCAUCAGAGCUCAGACCUUCUCUUGUACACUUGAGAUGCUCAAACACUUCCUCCAUUGGUGCAUUUUCCUGCCAGCAACACCAACCAGCCAACAUCACAACUCAGAAUCGAGAAAAAGAAAGAUCGUCAAAGGAAGGUCAGUAAUAUUCUAUAUGAACAAACAUUCAUUCAUUCACCAUACCAGAUCAACAGACUCUUUCAUAACCGCAUCAAGCGACCCGAUACCCAUUUUUCGAUGCACCGAAUCAAGCUGAUGGCUUGUUGAAAUUCAGGGGAAGCAACACUUGAAGCUGGGGAUAUGAAAGGGAAGAUUGAUGGUUGAUGAUUGGUGGGUUGAGGAUGAAGAGAAUGCAAGGGAACUGGCUGGUAUAUAUAUGAAGACCGUCUGUGGAAGAAUGGAAGGAAGUUGGCAGAAGGGAACAAAAAACAGAAUGAAUUCGAAAGGAGAGCAGAAACCGGCGCCUGCACUAUUACAUAAUGUAUGUAAAUUUCAGGCAGGGUGGCGGUGGUGGCUUAAGAAGGUCCGCUGAACGGCGACCGCAGUGUUGUCGUCGCAUGGGAGGGAAAUGCCCAUUGUUAACUUUGCCCGCCAGCACAAUGUUCUGGCAGUUGUGUUCAGUAAUAAAAGAAGCAUAUGUUAAAUAUCGCAGUCGACACAAUAUUAUUCACGUUUACACAAUGUUGCACAAAGUAGGAUUGGGGCUAUUUGAGUUUUGG